CCACCACCACCUAUGUCAGUGCUUGAUCCUGUGCCGUCUGCGACACCACCACCUCCAAGGCCGCCGCGGUUGCGGACGCCAAUGCCUGCUCCAGCGUCAACGCCACCAGGCGCGACAAGGCCUGAUUUGGAAGCGCUUAAGGAGUCCCUGCAGCUACCCCCGUCUGUGUCGGCGAAGCUGGUGUCAAAGUCACUGCCUAGACCGGAGAUGAGUAGGCGGGAUACGGAUACGUCUGUGUAUUCAGCGCGUAGUCAUGACUCUGGUGGUAGCGGGGCGUCAAAGUCAUCGGAGCCUGUCGCAGAGACCAAACGUACGCAUUCUGAACACCGGAGAGAAGGAGCUUUCGCGCCCUCUACACCUUCCGCCGGUUCAACCCCCAACCAUUCCCCUGCCGUAGAUAAACUCGAGACUCUGCCUGGCCUGAGCCGCCAUGCAUUUAGUUCGCCGCUCGCAAGCAAUCUGCCGAUAGUCGAGCCUGAAUCGGAUGUAGAUCGUGAACCUAUUCGUCGAGCUGCAAUGGAUUUACGACGCGAGAACAGCUGGGUGAGCCUUCGCGAGAUAAACGUUGCAUCCUCGCCGAACGGAGAAGCGCAGUGCCUGCCUGAGAAAAACCAUAGCCCACCUCACUCCCCAGAGAUUCACUUAUCACCACUUCCACCCUUGCCGCCACCGAAGACAAGCAAGAGCUUGGGUGUCGAGGAUGUGCGAACACUGUCAAGCGGGAGUAGCAGCGGCAAUCCGUUUAAGACCACUUUCAACAACCUCAGGCGAUUUUCCGCCCUUCCAAGAACACCGUCGUCGCUUUCGAUCAAGUCACUGUCCAAGACGAGUUCAUCGACCCCGAAGACGUCUCGCGAGCCGUCUCCCGUACCUGCCCUGACCCCCAAAAUCUCCCCGCGCCCAAAGAUCAUCAAUCCCAAUCCACCCGCUCUGAUCGGCCGCGACAUUCUCGUCAUGAAGUUCACGCACGAGCGCGCGCAAGCGUAUGCACAGAAGAUCCGGGAGCUCUCCAUGUGUGAUCCCGGUCUGCGCGAGUGGAUCACUGUGACAAUGACGAGAGGGAGUGCACGAGACAGAGUAAUACGGAAGCAGGCUGAACCAGAUAUUUCACCAGAGUUCGGCGCACGGACCCAGCCAUGGCAUGUAGCUUCUGGUUCGGUCGACUCAGAGGUAACGUUCCCGAGGCGUGCGGACGCGUACCACGCGACGGACCUCACCAUGCGUGCGGAUGAGGAGAUACUACCCAUAUCUCCGCCGUCCUCACUCCCUUACCCGUCCUUAGUGACGAGUCCUCCCUCUCGCUUCACUCCACCUCUCUCCCCAAUCUCUCCAUCCACACGGACAUACCAGAUACCACUGUCUAGCGGCACAAGUGCGCCACAUCGCGCUGGAUUCUUCGCUUCGAUCAGCCGGCGAGCCAGUCUCAGGAAGGGCCCACCAUCGCCGCCGCGGGUACCCAAGAAGCUAAUUCAGACAAGCCCACCCCCGCCGCCUGCACGCCCUGUACAGGUGAACAGCGCACCGAGCGUACGCGGAGGACCGCGCGCGCUGCCGAAUCGCCUUGGGAGAUCUAAGACAGUCUCUACUUCACCUCCGGAAGUCCAUCUAAAGCAUCAGCCACAUCAAGCGCCUCCUGUCACUCUCACGAGGAGCGAAACAACAAGCACACACCGCCAGAGCGAAAGCGCCGUUCAUCGGCCGUCGCUGCUCCGUCGCUCCGUCGCUCCUCCUCCUCCCACGUUAUCUGGACCCGAAUUCGAGAGGCAGCUGGAGGAACUGUCCGCCCUUCUGCCUCAUGCGGAUAAAGAUGUGCUGGCUGGAUACCUCCGGCGAGCUGGUGAGAAUAUCCUCGCGAUUGGUCAGUACCUUGAGGACGACAAGAAUGGCUCGUUGAGGCACGACUAGCCCUCAUUCGUUCCUGGUAUGCGAGCUGCACUUUCCCUGACAUCUCACGCGUCCUUCUCUCGCUGAUUGCACUGUUAUCGACUUUUUUGAGUACAUUCCCGCACAUAUGUUUUAUUACAGCACAUCUCCUCAUGGACCCCUCUCAAACAUGCUCUCUACAGUUCGUACCUUCCCUAGCUUAUCGCUCUAACGUUAUUUCUUCGCACUACACGCUUUGAUAUCUGUACAUGCUCUCAUGCUACUCGUGUUGUCAGUCGAUCUUGAGGUUAAAUUGUCCGUAUAGAGUCACCUGCAGGCCUGAAGCCUCCGGAGGGGCGAGUUACACUUGGUUGCGCGAAAGCUCUCUGGCUGCCGCGUGGCCUCUGAUAUCGAGGCACAUUCCACUGCGUCGCUCCGCCGGGAGCGGUAGCGUUGGUUGCAGGCCGCCUAAUGCUGUUUAACAGACCCUCCACCUCGUUCGCGCUAUCUGACUGGUCGGACAACGUCGUAUUGGAGCGGGACCUGAAAGAGAGAUCCCCAGGUGCAGGAGCGUUGAAUGGCUGCCGCUGGAAUGUAUGACGAGAGGAGCUUUGAACGUUCGCAGCGCUGGAGUUGCUUGCUCCGCCUCGCCACGCGGCUCCACUGCGUCCUUGCUGCAUCGUACGGUUGACGAUAGGCGUUCGCUGGAUCCCAUUCGCUUCCAUUCCGCCAACAACGGCACCGACGUCCGCCAUCUGUGGGUUGUCUGCUGCUACAAUUCCCGCACCAUGGAAAACAUUUGCUUCUGCUGCUACAGACGCACCACGGCUGCCAGCGCUGUCGCCAGCGCCUUGAACAAGGCUUCCGGGCUGGAGUAAAGCCUUGCGCUUGA